AUGAAAUAUUCAUAUUUGUUGUUAAUACUUUUAUUAAGUAAUUUAUAUAAGGAGGGUUUCUCACAAGGUCAACCAGACUCUAUUGUUCUUUCAGCAACAAUUUAUGAUGAAUCUCCUAUUGUAACUGAUUUCGAAAUUGAAACUUAUUAUAAUGGUGUAGUUGAAGGUAUUGUUCAACCAGACUUGGGUGCUGAUGGUACACCAGUUUAUUGCUGUGGUGAUUCUCCAGUAACUGAAAAUGGUAGAAUCGUAGUUCACAACCAAUCGACAUUUUAUUCUUGGUUCCAUAGUGUUCCAGGUGUUAACGUCCCAAUUCCAUAUGAUCUCACUUUAACAAGGGUUGGUGAUAGCACAUAUGCCUACCAAAGCAAUUCAUUCUUUCCAAUUGAUGGUAAUGGUUUCGAUAAUUCAACAGUUUAUCCAAAUGAACCACAUUAUUUGGGUCAUAAUUUCCAUUUUUGUAUGAAAAUUCAUUAUAGUUUUACAUAUCAUGGUGGUGAAUAUUUUACAUUUUCAGGAGAUGAUGAUGUAUGGGUAUUCUUUGAUGAUGUUUUAAGAAUUGAUAUUGGUGGUAUUCAUACAGCAGCAUCAAGAACUGUUAAUAUGGAUGAUUUAGGUUUGACAGUUGGCCAAAGUUAUCCAUGGGAUUUCUUUUAUUGUGAAAGACAUACAUCACAAUCAACUUUAAAUAUUAUUACCAAUUUAAAUUUCACAUGUUCAGCCUAUGAUGCUUGUGGAGUUUGUGAUGGUCAUAAUGAUACUUGUUGUAUGGUUAACCAAUGUUCCGAAAGUCCUAUUAACCCAUGUUUAAUACAAGCAUGUGGUCCAGAUAAUAAUUACCAAUGUGAAUUUGUUGAUAAGAUAUGUAACACUACUAAUGACAAAUGUUUAGUAGAAUCUUGUGAAAUAGGUUUUGGUUGUCUUGCAAUUCCAAAAAAUUGUAAUGAUAAUGAUCCAUGUACCACUGAUCAUUGUGAUCCAGCUAUAGGUUGUUAUUAUGAUAAGUUUGAUAAUUGUGAUGCAUGUAAUGCUGUAGAUACUUGUAUUACAAAUGAUUUAUGCUUCCCAAGGGAAUGUAAUCCAAGAGGGAACCCACCUUGUUUAAUAAACCCUAUUAAUUGUACAAGCACUGAUCCAUGCAUUUUUUCAUAUUGUGAAAAUGGUGUAUGUAUUCCAACAUACAUUUGUACUCCAACUCCAUCUGUAACUCCAACUGUUACCCCAACUGUUACUCCAACUGUUACCCCAACUGUUACACCAACCGUUACUCCAACCGUUACCCCAACUCCAACUACAACUCCAACUCCAUCACCAACCACUGUCCCACCAAGACCAACCCCAACUCCAUUACCAGCUGAUCCACCACCAUAUGAUUUAGAAGAAGGUUGUUUAGUAUGUCGUGAUCUUGAUUGUGAAAAAACAGGUAAGAGUUGUACAUACCUUGAAAAUGAAACAAUUCGUUUAUUUGAAUGUAAAGGUGUAGGUUGUUGUAAAUAUACACCAACUUGUUAUUAA